AUCAAAUUUUAUGGGAGGUUGUUUUAUAUUUUGGUCCAUAAUAUCCCUCUCUCUCUCCGAAAAAAAAGGCCCAUCAUGCGCGCUUCUCCAAAUAUCAUUGUCACAGGAACCCCCGGCGUGGGGAAAACAGUACAUUGCGAGCAGCUUGCGCAGGAAACAGGGCUGCGGCAUCUAUCCAUCAACCAGAUUGCCAAAGAACGAAAUUGUAACGAAAGCUACGACGAAGAAUUACAAACCUGGGUUGUCGAUGAAGACAAGCUUUUAGAUGCCAUUGAAGAUGAAGUGACUCGGGGUGGUUAUUUGAUUGAUUGGCAUGCUUGUGAUCUGUUUCCGAAAUCCUGGAUUGACCUCGUCGUUGUCUUGCGCUGCACAUCUACGGCGAUUCACUAUGACCGUUUGAAAUCAAGGGGAUAUGGUGAAACGAAGCUGCAAGAGAAUUUAGAUUCCGAGAUAUUUGGUGUUCUUCUCGAGGAGGCCCAGGAGGCUUUUGAUGAAGAUAUUGUGAUUGAGCUAAAUAGUGAAGAGGACGGCGAUGUAGAAACCAAUUGUGGAAGGAUUUCAGCCUGGAUAGAUGCCUGGAAGAGGGACCAUGCGAAUGAUACGGCUUGAUGCCGUACCCUUAGCUACC